CUCCCACCAAUUCCCUCCCUCCUCCCACCCCCCCAAAAAGCAACCUUGCUUGUUCGUUGUGUGUGCAGAUGAAGCUUGAAUCAUCCUUGGCCACCUUUCUGCUUUGGGCCUAUGCGCGUCACUGCCCCGACCAAAAUGGAUUGUUGUCGGUCCCUCGCACUCAGCCAGUCGACGUCGUGAUGAACCAGUCCGUACCAUGCCUCUCCUCUGCAGUCACCGGCCUACAUAUCUUACUUCCCACCCCCAAAAUACGCCCAAAUACGAACUCCGCUCUGAACGGCCUACAAGUUGUCCGACCUGGCCGCUCCCCCAUCAUCAACUAGGCUCUGAAUCCACUCACCCCCCCCCCCC